GCUUGAGUCUGUGACGGUGCCGCUGCUACCUACGGACGCUGCUCCAGUCGGCAGGCGUCAGUGCGUAAGAGCAUAAGUGCACUCGUACGCAUAGCUGCACUGGGCUCAUACGCGUGCAGAACCAGCAAAGAGCGCAGCCACGCACACGCCGCACUGUAGCUCUAUUGGAUAUUUGCGCAUAGAUGAUGCGGAGCCUCGCGCUAGCGGCGCUGGCCGCGACCGCUGUAGCCCUCGCGCCGCCCGGCGCCCCGCGCACGCUCAAAACACGUAGACAAGCCGUCGUCUCGGAGCCCGACGCCAAGGCCAAAGUCAGCUCCGCGAAUGCGAAACGGCAAGUAGGGAACGACGCCUUCCUCAACAAGGACCUGCGGGCACGAGCGCGGGGCGGCACGGGCGUCGUCAACGACGCGAAGCUGAAAAUUGGAAUUGUGGGCGCGGGCCUCGCGGGCAUGGUCUGCGCGAUGGACCUCGCAGACGCGGGUCAUGAGGUGGAGAUCUUCGAGCUAAGACCCUUCGUCGGUGGGAAGGUCUCGUCGUGGAAGGACAAGGAGGGGAAUCACAUCGAGAUGGGCCUGCACGUGUUUUUUGGUUGCUAUUACAACCUGUUUGGUAUCAUGGAAAGGACUGGGAGCUAUGAUUUAUUGAGGAUGAAGGAGCACAUCCACACCUUUGUGAACAAGGGUGGGGAGUUGGGUGCUUUGGAUUUCCGGUUCCCGGUCGGCGCUCCGGUGAGCGGUUUACAAGCCUUCGCGAGAACGGAACAACUAGGAUGGGGCGACAAGGCCGCGAACGCCCUGCGGCUGGGCACGUCGCCCAUCGUUCGGGCCUUGGUCGACUUCGACGGCGGCAUGGACAUGGUGAGAGAUUUAGACGACAUCACGUUCACCGAGUGGUUCACGUCGUUUGGCGGCUCGCGCGGCUCCAUCGACCGCAUGUGGGACCCCAUCGCCUACGCGCUGGGCUUCAUCGACUGCGACCACAUCAGCGCGCGGUGCAUGCUCACCAUUUUUAUGCUCUUCGCUAUUAGAACAGAAGCUUCUGUUUUACGGAUGUUGGACGGUUCUCCGCAGACUUAUCUCCAUGACCCGAUCGUCAAGUAUCUCGAGGAGCGAGGCGUCAAGAUCAACCUGAGGACGGGCAUUCGGGAUAUAGUGUACGAGACUGAUAGCAGUGGCAAGCCGUGCAAGGUUACUGGAUUACAAGUGCAGUCCGAGCUCAAGGAGUUCGACGCGGUCGUUGCCGCUGUUGAUCUGCCCGGUGCUAAGAAAUUGAUCCCGGAGCCGUUCCGGGUCUAUCCCGAGUUUGAUCGCAUCUACGAAUUAGAUGCCGUGCCGAUCGCGACGGUGCAGCUGCGCUUCGACGGUUCGUGCGCGGCGUCCUUUGUACACGGUCGCGGCGAUGGCGUCGUCGCGAGUGCCCGGACGCCGUGGCGCGCCGACGCCGUCGCCGCGAGACGCGCUCGUGAUCGUGGAAGACGGGUCGCGUCGAUGGCGUCUUCACGAGACCAUCACGUCGCCUCGACGCCGUCGACGCGGGCCCGAGAGGGUCUACGCGUCUCGCGAGAGCCGUGGCACGCCAUCGACGCGACUCACCUUUCAACAACGCAGGCUGGGUCACCGAGUUGCAAGAUCAAGACAAAAUGAAGAGUACCGAGGGCGACUUGAGCGAUGGGCGCGCCCCCGGUAUUGAUAACUUAUUAUACUCAGCGGACGCCGAGUUCUCGUGCUUCGCGGAUCUGGCCCUUACGUCCCCGGCCGAAUACUACAAGGAGGGCGAAGGGUCUUUGAUGCAGUGCGUCAUGGAUUCUAGAGCGUACGGCCGCAGCGAAGCGCAGAUCGUGCAAGAUACGCUCGACCAGAUCCACAUGCUCUUCCCCUCGUCGAAGCAGCUGACGAUGACGUGGAGCAACGUCGUGAAGCUAGGGCAAUCUUUGUACCGAGAGAAGCCGGGCCAGGACAAAUAUAGACCUUCUCAAGCGACGCCCAUCCCGAACUUCUUCCUGGCUGGCUCGUACACUUAUCAAGAUUAUAUUGAUUCGAUGGAAGGCGCAACGAAGUCGGGCCUCAUGUGCGCCGACGAGAUCGUAUCGAAGGCGGACGCCAUCGCCGCCGAAGCGGCGAAGAACCUGGAUCUGCCGUCGGGCAAGGUCCCGCCCAACGUGCCGGGCCGGGGCCCGCUCGACAUGACGGCGGCCGUCACUUUUGUGGAUGACGGCUCCUUCGACGCGAACGAGAACACGGACAUGUCCCAGCGGCCGGCGAGCGCGCCGGCGAUCGACUCGUUCUAAGUUUCUUGAUUGGG